GUCGUGCGACGCGUGAGUUUGACAGCUGCCAGUGAUGUUUCUUGGUGUUCAUGGAAAAAUUUCUGUUUUUUGAUUGAUUUUCCAUCAAAUUGCAAUCCAGCUUGGAGAAAAUGUGUCCCCCACAGUGCGACAAGUGAAACGCCACAGUUAGUAGAGUGGCAAGUUGCCUGAAGAAGCGGCAGGAGUGCCGAAUUGUGGGGCAGGAGUGACUUCCAGAUGACACAGAGUUUCAGUUCCAAUAGGAGAAAAGUGGUGCAUAUUUUGCGAAAAAGAAUAAGUGAUCAGUGAGAUUACAUUGUUUGCUGAGUGACAAUGGUGAAGUUACACGCAUUGAGUAUUUUCUACAAGGGACCACAUGAGGCUCGAUUGCUCAAGGCUGCUUUUGACCUGCAGAGCUUCUCGUUCUUCCAGCGUGGCUCCGUGCAGGAGUUCAUGAGCUUCGCCAGUAAGACCAUAGUGGAGAGGACGCAGGUCGCCUCGAGGCAGUCCGUGAAGCAGGACGUCUACAUGUGUCAUGUUUACGUGCGGGCAGACAGUCUGUCGGCUGUGCUGAUUGCCGAUCACGAGUACCCGGGCCGGGUGGCGCACACGCUCAUCACGAAGGUGAUGGAUGACUUCGCGCUGAAGGUGACACCCGACCAGUGGCCCACAGGCUCCGACGCCACAGUCAACUUCACGCAGCUGCCCGCGCUGCUGGCUAAGUACCAGAACCCGCGCGAGGCGGACGCCCUCACGAAGAUCCAGGGCGACCUGGACGAGACGAAGAUCAUCCUGCGCAACACCAUCGAGGCCGUGCUGGAGCGAGGCGAGAAGCUGGACGAUCUCGUGGUGAAGUCGGAGCAGUUGUCCGUGCAGAGCAAGGCAUUCUACAAGACAGCGAAAAAGACAAACUCAUGCUGCAACUUCAGCUAAGGAGACGAAUAAGCAGCGCUAUUGUUAUACAUUCUCUUGGUAAAUUAAAUCACACUGUUCAACCAAAAGUUACUAUCAGAAAACCAUCUCGUUGUCUCUGUGUAAAGUGUCUGUACAUUAUUUCUUGUCCAUCGUCAAUUGUUUGUAAGCAAUUUAAGUUGCAUUUCAACACACACACACACACACACAGAAGCAAACGAAGACUGAAUUCUCAAUUAGGACGACAGGAGAAUAGCGCAACAGAGAGCUUCUUAUUGUUUAGUGCUAAUAAAAAGGACGUAAAAUGCCUAUUUUCAUGCUGUAAUUACCCUUUAUACUCAGUUUCUCUAGUUCAUUUCUUUUUAAUUGUAAUUUUCGUUCUAAGCUCGCUUCUAGCUUCCUGUGAUGGUGAUGAGCGAGUUAACACUUAAAGAGGAAACAGUUGAUAAAUAAUCGUAUUAUUGAGAAGGAAAUAUUAGACAUUUUUGAACACACAACACAAUAUCAAUGUGGAAAGGAAAUAUUUGUAAUCUAAAUAAAGUAUGUUAUACAUGUUACUACUGUA